CUAGAGAUUGCCACUUAUCAACACAUUUUAUCAUAUAUCCAUCGUUGGGAUUACUGAGACUACUUCUUGAGAGUUAUACAACAACUACAUCUACAACUACAACCACCAAAAUGUCCUUCCUCACCCCCAUCCGCGCAUCUACCCUCCGCCUCUCCCGCCCUGCCUUUGCCUACACCACCACCACCACCACCACCACCACCUCUCCUGCAGCAGCAGUAGCAGCUCUCCACACCAGCAUUCCUCGUCCAGGCUUGAAGGAAUCCGAUCACAACCGCGACGACCUCGCCAACAUCUACGAGGCCGAGAAACACGACCAAGUAAAGAGCAGCAAGGAAGGCAAGGCCAAGUGGAAGCAGGAAAUCGCUAGUGAUAGUGAGGCGUCGGUCAAAGCCGAUCGCGGCGAAGUAGACAGUGAUGAUAACAACUUUGGAGCCAUGCAGGAACGGACGAAAGGGUUGCCGAAUAGGGAUGGGCCCGUGAAUAAGACUCAAUAAAUUGUUUUACUACUACUUGUUUACUUAAGGGAUGGGUUCUGAGAAUGCUAUGAAAUGAAACUGUUUUUUUUUUUUUU